AUGUCUCCAAGUGUAAAUAGCAGCAUCAUGAGCAGCAGCGUGGCCCCGCCUGCCCCGGUGCUCUGCUAGGAGAACGUGAGCAGAUCCUGGGUCAAAUCUCCCUACUCGACUGGACCCCGGGUGAUUCUGUACUCAUUAUUUGCCUGUGGGGCUGUGCUGGCAGUGUUUGGCAAUCUCCUGGUGAUAAUUUCAGUCCUGCAUUUCAAGCAACUGCGCUCUCCAGCCAAUUUUUUGGUUGCCUCCCUGGCUUGCGCUGAUUUUUUGAUGGGAGUGACCGUGAUGCCCUUCAGUAUGGUCAGGUCCGUGGAGAGCUGCCGGUACGUUGGAGGCAGUUUUUGUACUUUCCACAUGUGCUGUGCUGUGGCAUUUUGCUAUUGUUCUCUUUUCCAUCUGUGCUUCAUCUCCGUUGACAGGUACAUUGCUGUUACUGCCCCUCUGGUCUAUCCUACCAAGUUCACGGUGUCUGUGUCGGGAAUACGCGUCGGCAUCUCCUGGAUCCUGAAGAUUAUGUACAGCAGUGUCGUGUUCUUCACAUGUGUGAAUGAGGAUGGGAUAGAGGAAUGUGUAAGUGCCCUCAAAUGCAUAGGUGGUUGUCAAAUUGCUGUAAAUCAAAACUAGGUUUUGGUAGAUUUUCUGUUAUUCUUCAUACCUACUCUUGUUAUGAUAAUUCUUUACAGUAAGAUUUUUCUUGUGGCUAGAAAACAGGCUAAAAAGAUUGAAACUACUAGUAGUAAAGCAGAAUCAUCAUCUGGAACUUACAAAGCCAGAGUGGCCAAGAGAGAGAGAAAAGCAUCCAAAACUCUAGGAGUCACAGUGGUAGCAGUUUUGAUUUCAUGGUUACCAUAUAUGAUUAAUUCAUUUUUGGAAUAUUUUUUGAGCUUUAUGACCCCUUCCUAUGUCUAUGAAAUAUUUUGUUAUAACUCUGCCCUAAAUCUUUUGAUUUAAGCUUUAUUUUACCCUUGGUUUAGGAGAGAAAUAAAGUUUAUUCUAACUGACCAAAUAUUAAAAGAUAGUUCCUCAACCAUAAAUUUAUUUUCUAAAGAAGCCUAAAUUUGAAAUUGAGGGAUUUGUAGAUAUAUUGGGAAUUUCUCCCAAACUGUGACAUGAAAUACAGUUCAUGAAUAUUAUGUGUUAA